GAGUAUUUGGUAAACUGCAACGGUAUAUACCAAGCGGAGACGGUGGGGGGACGGUAUAGCAACAGUGCGUCGAUCGCUGGAAUAGGAUUUGAAGCAGAGAUGUGCUACGGCGGUCAACGAUUACCGUCGAAGGAGGCGUUAACCUCCCGAUCUCGAUCUGCCACAGCCGCGGCGAACGAGAACACAGCAGUAUUAUACGACCUCCGGGACCGGCUGGCGGAGACGGAGGCUCGGCUGGAGCGAGUCAGGGCCAGGGAAGCCGACCUCAGCCAGAAACUCGAGGAGAUGAAGCGGUUCAUCUCCGUCAUGGAGAUCCUUGAGAAUUUCCUUAGGCGCCGAUACCUGGAGCGGCGUGACCAGUUCCUCCGCCUCUACUCCGCUACGCAUUGUCCCUGAAAUCUGGGUUGGAACUUCACACAAUGAUCUACUGCUCUUUGGACAUUGUGUUCUGUCAGCCUUUCUCUAGAGAAAGGCUCAAGUGGAGAUCUUGUUGAAAUAUAUCGAACUUGGAGUAUGGAUAUAGAAUGAAAUUUGACUUGAUGA